ACCCCCUCCUCUUGCCUUGUAUCUUCGCUCCUUCCUCUGGACUUGCUGUCAGCUAAUUUCUCCACCAUCUUCACAUUAGCGCCAAAAGAUAAAUAAUUGUAAAAAGAAAAAAAAAAAAAAAAAAAACGAGUCCCAUUUUUCUAUCAGAUCCAAAGAACGAAACUUUAAUCUUCAAGAUUCUGAUGGGGCUGCCGGUUCUUCCAUGGUAGCGGAUUUGUACAGUUCUUGAAAGUUCUGUUCUGUUCGGUGGAUGCUCUGUUCUUGAAAUGCAAAUGGCCGCAACACUUGGUGGACAAGCAGUCGGAGUCUCCAGCUUCGUUUCUUCAUCGUCUUCUUCGUAUUUCUCCCACAAUGCAAAAUCUCGAAAUCCCUCCACGAUGGUGUGCAGAUUAGCAGUGGCUUCUCCAAGAAUUGUUGCCUGCUCUGCCGUCCAAGAAUCGACUUCCACCGCCACCACAGAGACAGAGGAAGCAAAAGCAGCUCCAAAAGCAGCGGCGGCGGCGGCAAAGCCUAAAGCUCCAGCGAAAGCGCCGACGAAGCCACUUCCUCAGCUCAUGGAGGAGGAAGUGAUCCCUCCCCUACUAGAAAUCCUCCAAUCCCAAGAUGACCUCUCCGAAAUUGAACUCUCUUUCCAGGAUAACAGGUUGGACGGCUCCUUCCUAAAAGAGGGGAAUCGUUACUCAUUCUGGGCCUUCUUUCCUACGGGUGACCUCACCGGCCCAAAAGGGUUCGCGUUGUCGUCCUAUGGCUCGGAAGCAAGUACCGUUGAGCCAUUUCUUGUGGAUGAGAAAAGAGUCACGGGGAAGCUCGUUGUCUUCUGGGUCGAAAAGCGUCUGGCGGCACAAGGCAUCAUCCCCGUGUGGAAGGAAUGACCGAUUUGCAAGUUCUUCUCAUCAUUCCAGAUUAUGUAAUAUCAUUUACAAAUUGGAUCGCCCUUUUCUUUCUUUUUGUUUGUUCAGUAAGACAUCUGUGACAGAGUCUUCCUGUUCUGUAAGUAAGGAGUUCAGUUUUAUCCUGAGACUCGGCCACAAAGUGAUGCAUUUUCUCAGAAGACAUAAACAUAAACGAAGAGGUCCACAGCUAUUCCUGUUUUGA